AUGACCACCCCACAACUCGCCACUUUCAAGGUCCCCGGUAUUGACAAUGAACCCAUGGUCACCUACGCGCCUGGUUCGCCGGAACGCCAGGCCUUGAAGACCGCCAUGGCACAGAUGGAACAGGAGAUGCCGUUUGAAGUUCCGUGCAUCGUCAAUGGCGAGGCCGUUAAGACCGGAGUUUUCGGAAAACAACCUCUGCCCCACGACCACGCAAACCACCUGUGCACAUACCACGAAGCGGACGAAGCCACUGUAGCCAAAGCCAUUGACGGCGCGCUGGCCGCGAAGGCAGAAUGGGAGAGUAUGCCCUGGAACGAUCGCGCUGCUAUCUUCUUGAAAGCCGCGGAUCUUGUUAGUGGGAAGUAUAGGUAUAAACUUAUGGCUGCGACGAUUUUGGGACAGGGGAAGAAUAUAUGGCAAGCGGAGAUCGAUGCUGCUGCCGAGUUGACGGACUUCUUCAGGUUUGGGGUCAAGUUUGUCGAGGAACUUUACGCACAACAGCCUUCAAAGAAUUCGGCUGGUGCUUGGAACCGCGUGGAAUAUCGUGCAUUGGAAGGCUUCGUUUUGGCAGUGUCGCCCUUUAACUUCACCGCCAUCGGAGGCAACCUUCCCGGAACUCCAGCCCUAGUUGGCAACGUCGUCCUCUGGAAACCCUCACCUGCCGCAACAUAUUCCAACUACCUCAUCCACCAAAUACUCACAGAAGCUGGUGUCCCCCCAGGCGUGAUCCAAUUCGUUCCUGGACCACCAGCCGAAGUCGUAGGGCAAGCUAUCUCCCACCCCAGCUUUGCCGCGCUCCAUUUCACGGGGAGCACAUUCGUGUUCAAGAAAUUGUGGAAGGACAUUGCGGCGAAUUUGGACAGGUAUAAAGGGUACCCGAGGAUUGUGGGUGAGACGGGUGGAAAGAACUUCCAUAUCGUGCAUAAGUCUGCGGAAGUAAGGAAUGCGGUUAUACAGAGCGUUCGGGGGGCGUUUGAGUAUCAAGGCCAAAAAUGUUCCGCCCUUUCCCGGCUUUAUGUAUCACAGUCCGUCUGGGAAGGAGGCUUUCAAGAUCAGUUCUUGGAAGAGGUUGCGAAGAUCAAAGUUGGGCCCCCGCAAGAUUGGUCCAACUUCAUGGGUCCGGUCAUUGGUCGGCCUGCGUACGACAAAAUCAUGGGUUACAUCCAAAAAGCGAAAGAAGCUGGCGGUGAGAUCCUGAUUGGCGGAACAGGCGACGACUCGAAAGGAUACUUUAUCCAACCCACCGUCAUCCUAAGCAAAGACCCCAAAUCCAUAACAAUCACGGAAGAGAUCUUCGGGCCCGUCGUAACCGUCUACGUCUUCCCCGACUCCGCCUUCACCUCCACCCUCUCCCUAAUCGACACAACGACUACCUACGCCUUAACAGGGGCCAUCUUCUCUUCCGACCGUAGUGCCCUUUUGCAAGCAACCAAUGCCCUCCGGAACGCCGCUGGUAACGUGUACUACAACGAGAAGUGCACAGGCGCUGUAGUUGGGCAGCAGCCGUUUGGUGGCGCGCGAGCGAGCGGGACGAAUGAUAAGGCGGGGAGCGUUAGCAUCUUUUAUAGGUUUGUCAGUGCGAGGAGUAUCAAGGAGAAUUUUGUGGGGUUGGAGGAGUUUGGGUACCCUUCGAAUUUGGUUUGAGUGGGAAUGGAAGGGAGAGGAAGAAAGGAAAAGUGUAGCAAUACGUGGACUGUAGUCUUGUUGACAAGCCUCUCGUUGUAAAAGUUGAGAAG